AUGCAGCAGGAGAAUGAGCGCAUGAAGCUCAAAGAUGGUCGUACCUUGUCCUACGCCAUUUACGGCAGUCCAGUGCCCCAGAAGACAAUAGUUUUCAUGCAUGGUUGCCAAUCGUCGCGCUUUGAAGGCAAGCUAUGGCACUCGGCUUGCGCCCUACACAACGUCCGAAUAAUCGCACCCGAUCGUCCUGGCAGCGGCCUAUCAACCUUCCAAAUCAACCGCCGAAUCCUCGACUGGCCUGCCGAUGUGCUUGCCCUGACCGACCACCUCAAGAUCCAUAACUUCUAUUUACUGGGUGUAUCAGGAGGCGCGCCCUACGUACUGGCUUGCGUGAGGGAGGUAUCCAAGGACCGUUUGUUGGGCGCUAGCAUAGUCAGCGGCCUGUAUCCGGUCAAGUUGGGGACAGCGGGCAUGAUGCUACCUUCGCGCAUCGUUCUUUGGGCAGCGCCGUGGAUGACCGGUCUGACCACCGCCUUUUUCGACAGUACUAUGGGUAAGGCGAGCCGCAAUGACGACCCGAAAGUCCUAGAGGAGAUAAUUGCCAAGGAAAUCCAUAGUCGGCAUCCUAGCGACCAAGCAGCCAUCACAGACAGCACCAACUGGCCCAUCUACGUAGCCAUGACCAGAGAGUCGUUUUACCGAGGGAGCGAAGGCGCAAGCUGGGAGGCAAAAUUAAACGGCAGCGAUUGGGGCUUUGAGCUCGGACAACUGUACGUUGGGGAGAAUGGAAUGCCUCUUUCCUUGUGGCAUGGUCGGGAGGACCAGAACUGCCCCGCUGCAAUGGCCCAGAAGGCCAAGGACCUAUUACCGGGCAGCGUGCUCCAUUUAAAGGAGGGUGAGGGUCCGAUGAGCUACAUAUUCCGGGACGCUGAUAAGAUCUUGGGAGAUCUGAUGGGCGAGACGGAAAGUGAGGAGUACAUGAUGAACACCAAGCUGACUUCACAGGCCAUAUUCGUCAUCACCUACCUUCUCGGCCUUCUGGUCACCACCACCUCCAUCGCUUUCGCUGUCCCCACUGCCCCUAUUACCUCCGCCAUCUCCAAAUUCAAGACAAUGGCCCAAGUCAUGGACACCAAGCCCAUCAACAAGGCUACUGCAAACCUCUUCAAAAACGCCAACAGGGCAUACUUCCCAAUUGCACUCGUAGCCGCCCGCAACUGGUAG